AAUGUUAAACUAAAUACAUUUUCAAAUUUAAUAAUAUAUUUAAUUCAGCUUUACUUUAUACAAAAUGUAUUUAGCAUAUAUUAAAAACAUAUUUUUGGCCAGAGAAAUGUAUUUAUUUGUUGUAUGGGUAGGAUGUUUUGAAAGUUUUUUUCUGAUGUGUUAAAUGUCUCCAUCUUUUGGUCACAGUGGGGAACAUCUGGUUUACACAUGAUUCAGGUCGCAGUAGAGUUACAUAAGUUUUCACAUUUUUAACCAGGAAAAAUAAACCACAUCAGUGCUGGGCAGGCGUAGGGUUUCACAAAACAUUCCUUACUGAAAAGACCAGCUAAAACCAGCCUAAGCUGGUCUCACAGCCUGGUAUUAGCUGGUGGUUGAGCUGAUGUAGGAGGCUGGUUUAAAGGGGUUUUGGACACUUUUUAGGCUGAGAAACUAGCUGACCCACCAGCUUAAACCAGAUUGACCAGCUUGGCUAAGCUGAUUGGCUGGUCUUAGCUGGUUUAAGAUUUAAGCUGGUCUUCCCAGCCUGGCAAAGCAGGUUAAGCUAGUCUUCCAGUCUUGUCAAGCUGGACUCUAAAACCAUCUUAACCAGCUAAAAGGCUGGUUUUACCUGGUCUUUAUAGAAAAGUUAUGACAAUGAAAGUUACUGAACUUAAGACGAAACUUUUUGUACUGCACAUAGAUCGUAAGCCAUUGAAAUCUGUUGAAAAAUUUAAACAGACAAAUUGAAUUAUGUCAAAGACAGCUUAGACCCCUCAAACAUUAUACGGUCGCCAUGAUUUCACAAAGUAAAAUGUGAUCCUGGAUCAACAUUUUAAUCAAAGAAACCCUUAACUCAAACCCUAACCAUUUUUACCACUCAAAUUAGUGUGAAAUAAUAGUUUGAGAAGAAUUUUUAAAGGGGACAUUUCAAAAGACUUUUUUAAGAUGUGAAAUAAAUCUUUGGUGUCCCCAGAGUACAUGUGAAGUUUUAGCUCAAAAGAUCAUAUAGAUAGCAAGUUAAACAAGCCACUUUGUAUGUGUGAGCAAAAAUUUUGCCGUUUUGGGUGUGUUCUUUUAAAUGCAAAUGAGCUGAUAAUGCAAACAUUGAUCACCAUAAUGGUGGUUUGUUGAAAUUGAAACUCAAUUGUCUGGUCAAUUAUUUUUCCUUUAUCUCUCUCUUUCUUUCUCUGCACUAAAUGGCAGUGUCAUUGUUGCAUAGUGCAGAUUAAGGGGCGGUAUUAUUAUUAUAAGAUCCCCUUCUGACAUCAUAAGUGGAGCCCAAUUUCCAAUAGCUAUUUUAUACAUGCUUGCAAAGAAUAACUUACCAAAACUAAGUUACUGGGUUGCUUUUUUCCACAUUUUCUAGGUUUAUAGAAGCACUGGGGAUCCAUUUAUAGCACUUAAACAUGAAGUCAGAUUUUCAUGAUAUGUCCCCUUUAAAGCCUCUAACCCAAUCCUAAAUCUCAGUCAAUUCCUCCAGAAAACAGUAUGAGUCGCACUUAAGAGUUUACAUUUAUUUCAGACUGAAAUCAAUGGAUUAGUUUAUAGUAAAAUGGGGACUUUAAUACCCCCCCUCAAAUUAUAUUUUGUGCUUUAUCUGGGUCCCUCAAUGCUUAUAGGAGGUCCAGGACCACCCCAGCCCCCCUUCAAUUCGGACACUUAUAAGUGCCAUUUCCCAAUAUUUCCAAAAAUGACUGACAAGCAGAGUUCGCUUGUGAUUGGCUGCUCUUCUGAGCACUAUGAUAUCACAGCACUUAUUUCAUUACAGUGCUAAAGUAAAAAAUAAUGGCACGAAUUACAGGAGACAAACACUCAGACUGACGCCUCUGACGCUUUACUGCUGGUAAUAAAACUCCUGCUGGAUUUCAUUCACAGGAUGUGAAAGAGACGCCAGACGACUUUCAUUACACAUGCACGAGCGCGCGCGCGCACCCACUUUUUUCUCGUUUGUGAGCGCACGUGUCUCCAGAAUGGAUGUUUAUUCUCUGUGUCUCUUAAGUGUUUUGUUGUUGUCGUCGGUUUGUUGUCUGUCUAGAGCUGAUGAUGAAGAUGAUGGUGUGAUAUCAAACCCCGCGCGCUCCGUAUGUAAACCGGUGCCGAACACGAUGGUCUUGUGCUCCGGUAUCGGUUACCAGGAGAUGCGGGUGCCGAACCUGCUGGGUCACGAGAGCCCGAGAGAAGCGCAGCAGCAAUCCGCCUCCUGGACUCCGCUACUCGGGAAACACUGCCACCGGGACGCGCGCAGGUUCCUGUGCGCUCUCUUCGCGCCCGUGUGUUUACCGGAGCUCGCGGCACCGGUGCGUCCUUGUCGGAGUCUCUGCGUAUCCGUGCGGGACGCGUGCCUGCCGGUCAUGAGCGCGUUCGGAUUCCCGUGGCCAGAGAUGUUCAACUGCAGCCGCUUUCCUGAUGGAUCGGACCUCUGUGUCCCUGGAGAGAAAGAGCAGAACACCGAGACCACCGAUCUACCCAAAGGUUCUGCUAUCUGUGAGGUUUGCACUCCAGACUCAGAUGCAGAGUCAGAGAUCCAUCAGAACUUCUGUAAGACUCAGUUUGCAUUCAGACUGCGGAUCGGUUCAUCGGCUGUGAUCGGUGCAGAUGUACGCGUGGUGCCGCAGGGUCGGAGUCGUGUGCUGCGCUGGAAGGCUGGACCGCAGGAACAACAGGCGGCCAUGGAUCAGAGCGCCCUCUGGCUGAUGGAGGGUCACAAGUGUUCCUGUCAGGCACUGGAGGGAAAACUCAUAGGGUCUUACAUCGCCCUGGGUGACAUGCAGGACGGUCGCAUGGCCCUCAGACGUCUCAUCAAGUGGUCUCGUGAUGAGAAAGAAUUGAAGAAGUUUAUAAGGACGCUUAUGAGACGAGACUGCUGAGGUCAUGACCUCUGGACUGAUAAAUGGACCAAUCAGACAGAACCAACCAACUCCUCAUUAAUAUUCAAAGAAAUAAAGACACAAAACAUGUCUAUCUAGAGAUAGAUGGCCAGAUGACAACAAGAAACUGAACAUUUCUAUGUAUUUUAUGUGUUAUUUGUUUUUUAUGGUAGAUAGAAAAAUGUAAAUCAUUAAAAAUUCAGUUAUAUGGGAAACUACAUUUUUCUUUGCAAUUAAAGAAUGUUUUAGUACA